UAUAGCCCUUGACUUCAUAAGUAAGCAACCCACAAACUCAACAGUACUCUCUCUUACAUUCACACCGAGAUCACCCAUUUUGUUUUUGAGUAUCCACACAAACAUUAUAUAUAUAUAUAUAUGCAGAUUUUAGUUGUGAUUGGAAAAAAGCUAGAAGAAAGAUAGGAAAGGGUAAAGGAAAAUGGAGUCCACAUCUGUUAAGAAGGAGAAGAUUGAGAGCAGAAGCUUGCUUGAUAUGGUGUUUUCUUGGUCUGUUAGAGAUGUUCUCAACAAAGAUCUUUACAAAGACAAGGUGGGUAAGAUUCCUGAGACUUUCAGAUCACUUUCAAGUUACCUGAAUUCCUUUAUUCCUCCUCUGAUUGAAGAAAUACAUUCUGACUUGUCAUCAAGCUUCAAAUCAAUUUCUCAGACAACACCAGCCUGUGAAAUAUCGAGUGUUGAAAAAUCUAAAGACUUUAAACUUCCCAAGGACUUGUUUUAUACAACUAUAGUGAAAGGAAAGAGAGCUUCCAAAGGAAAGAGAGAUUCCAAGAAGAAUAAUGUCGAAAAGUAUCAGCCAGAGGUGGGAGAUCUUAUUGCCCUGACAGGAGUGAGGCCAAAAUCUACUGAUGAUCUUAACAGGCCAAACAGACCUUAUCUCAUCGCUCUUGUUUAUGGGGUAGACGAAAAUGAGCCUAGCAGAUUCUUUAUACUCUCAUCGAAGCCUAUUACGAACAAAGAUGACCCAGAAACUAGUAGGAAAUUCUUAUUUCGAGAAGAUAAUGAGGAAACUGAGAAGAAGAGAGAAAUGCUUUUUGGAGUUUAUCUUGUUAACAUGACAACAAGUAUUCGAAUAUGGAAGGCAUUGCAUCCGGAGCUUGAAGGGACAAACUUGAAUAUAAUCAAGAAUGUGUGUCAACCCAUGUCUUUUGGGAGUGAAUCAGACUGUGCUGAAUGUUUAUCUGAACAGACUGAGACUCCUGGAGUUUCAAAUAUUUUGAGUUUGAUUCGAUCUUUCAAGUUAAAUGAUUCCCAGGAAGCUGCCAUUUUAAGUUGUAUCAGAAAAAGGGAAUGUCACCAUGAGAAUACAGUAAAAUUGAUUUGGGGACCUCCAGGGACUGGCAAGACAAAGACAAUUGGGUUGCUCUUGUUUGCCCUUCUUAAACUAAAAUGUAGAACUGUCACAUGUGCACCAACUAAUACUGCUGUCCUGGAAGUUACAACACGACUUGUGAGGCUAGUUUCGGAGACACUUGAACACGAUACUUAUGGACUUGGAGAUAUUGUUUUGUUUGGGAAUGGAGAAAGAUUGAAAAUUGACGAUCACAAUGAUCUUCUUGAUGUGUUUCUUGAUUAUCGAGUUGACAUGCUUUCCCAUUGUUUUGCAUCAUUCUAUGGUUGGAGUGCUAGUUUGUCGUGCAUGAAAUCUUUGCUCGAGGACCCUGAAGGGCAAUACAAGAGGUAUUGCCAAAGCUGGACAAAGGAAGAUGAUGAGGAAGACGACGAUGAGAAUGAAGAAGAUAGUCCCGAAGUUACUGAGAAUGAAGAAAUGGGUAAGAAUCAGAAAUUGGAGCAGAACAGAAAAUUGUGGAAUCAAGUUAUAUCAAAGUUCUUGAAAGGAAAUCAAGACAGUAAAAACAGAGUGUCUGAAGAGAAAAAAUCGGAAAAGAAACAAUGUGAUGAUCCUCUCACAUAUGAGGAAUUUCUAAAGAAGAGAUUCAGAUAUUAUUCUGAGAGGCUCAAAUUUUGCAUUGUCAAUUUGUAUACUCAUUUACCUACUUCUGUCAUUUCGAAAGAUGUUGUAGUAAACAUGGUAAAAGCUCUCAAUCAGCUCAAGUAUCUUGAGAAAGUUAUCUUCAAAUGGAGUACUCUUAACGAUGGUGGGCUGAAGCAAAUCUUUAAAGAUAUUCACAGUGGAAGGACAACGUUUCUUAACAUUUCACUUCGUCGCACGAUAAAGAAUUUCCUUGAAAUCCUCGAAUUGCUGCCUCAAAAAUUUGCAGUUCCAGAUUUCAUUGAGAAAUAUAUGAUAAAAAAUUUUUGCUUAGCAAAUGCAACAUUGGUUUUUUGUACUGCAUCAAGUUCUACUAAGUUGCAGACUGAAGGAAUGGCUCCGCUAGAAUUGUUGGUUAUUGAUGAAACAGCUCAACUCAAAGAAUGUGAAUCAGCCAUUCCUUUACAACUACCAGGUUUACGCCACGCGAUUCUUAUAGGCGACGAGCAUCAACUGCCUGCAAUGGUCCAAAGCCCGAUUUCUGAGAAUGCUGAAUUUGGAAGGAGCUUGUUUCAGAGGCUGGUUCUGUUAGAAUAUCAUAAACAUCUACUUAAUAUCCAGUACCGGAUGCAUCUCAUAAGUCUCUUUCCAAACAAAGAGUUCUAUAAUGGGCAAAUUCGCGAUGCUCCUAUUGUACAACAAAGAAGUUACAAGAAGGAAUUUCUCGAUGGAAACAUGUACACCUCAUACUCGUUUAUCAACAUAGCUCGUGGAAAAGAACAAUUUGAUGCAGGACAUAGCCGGAAAAACAUGGUCGAAGUUGCUGUGGCAUCUCAGAUUGUUGAAAACCUUUUCAAAGAAUUUAGGCAGAAGAAAGAUAAAAUCAGCAUAGGCAUUGUUUCACCUUAUAAAGCUCAAGUUUAUGCAAUCCAGGGGAGAAUUGGAGAGAAGUACAUUUCAAACGAAGAAAAUGGAUUCACGGUAAAUGUCCGUUCUGUUGAUGGAUUUCAAGGUGGUGAGGAGGACGUGAUAAUCAUAUCGACUGUGAGAUGUAACGGGGCAGGAUCAGUUGGUUUUCUUUCGAAUAAUCAGAGGGCGAAUGUGGCUCUAACUCGUGCAAGGUACUGUAUGUGGAUAUUAGGGAAUGAGGCGACUCUAAGUAACAGCGGCUCAGUCUGGCAGAAACUGAUAAAUGAUGCCAGGCAGCGUGGAUGCCUGCAUGAUGCCGAUGAAGAUAAAAGCUUGUCUGAGGCAAUUACUGCUGCCUUGGUUGAAAUCGAUCAAGUCCAUAUGAUACUAAGUAUGGACUCUCUAAAUCUCAAGGAUGCCAGAUGGACGGUUUGGUUCAGCAACGAUUUCCGGAAAUCUAUUACAAAGAUCAAAGAUCCUGAGACCUUCAAGGAACUUUAUAACUUGCUAAAAAAGCUUUCGAGUGGCUGGCGCCAAUCAGAAGACGAAAGAAAUGUUGUCUCGCUUGAUGGAACAUGUUCCCUGCUGUUGGAACAGUAUCCAGUAAACAGCAAUCUGAUUCUGCUUUGGGCAGUUGAAAUUCAAAGGGAGACUUCAUACCAAGUUCAGGUAUUGAAGGUUUGGGAUGUUCUGCCGCCUUCCGAAAUCCCGAAGCUCGCGAAGCGCCUUGAUAACAUAUUCGGAAAUUACACAGUUGACAAAAUGAAUCGCUGCAAACACCAGUGUACAGAAGGGAACUAUGUUGUUCCGAAUAAAUGGCCAAUAGACAACGAUGGGUCUUCUAGAGAGAACCUAUUUUUCAAAGAUGACUCGUUUCAUUCGGUGUCAAGAUCAUUUGGAUCUCUCAGCUUAAGAGACAAAAACAGAGGAUCAACAUCAAGUUACAGAGGAUCUUCAAAGUAUAAUUUCAGAGGAAGGAGAGGCAGGGGAUUCUAAUUCUAGUGAAGAAAACCAGAAGAUCUAUGCUUGGAACAUUUUCUUGGUUUUUUAUGAUUAUGACCUAUUGAAGAAUUAAGAAGGAUAUGAUUGAUUUUAUCUUUUUUAUUUCUCUAUUAUUACAUACAUAUACAUAUACAUAUAUAUAUAUAUGUAUGAUUAUAUGUAUAACCAAUCAUUCAGGCUGCAA